AUGAUGCUUGUCAUUCGACUGUAUGCAGAAGUAUGGCAAGAGUUAAAUGCCCAAUUGAAUCCGUACCAGAGGAAAUUCGUCAAUGAGAUUCGUCGGUGUGAAGAGAUGGAAAGAAAAUUGCAUUUUAUUGAGGCUGAAGUGCUAAAAGAUGAGGUAGAACUCAAGGACUACGACGAGCACAUCCCAGCGCCACCGCCGAGGAGCAUGUUGGAGAUGGAGACAAAUUUCGAGAAACUCGAAGAAGAACUGCUAUCGAUCAAUGCCAGCUCUAAGCAACUAAUGAAGAAUCACAUCCAGUUGAAUGAGAUGAAAGCAGUACUCGAGAAUGUUCAACACCUAUUGGACGCGGCAACGAAGCGUGAUGCAGCGAUGUCGAUUAGUGAAGCAUUCAAAGGCGAAGCCGGUCCGUUCACAGUUGGCAUCAAGAGCGACAUCGAGAAGGAGCGCCGUGAUGAAAACGAACUCAAAUUCAUCACUGGUGUCAUCAGUCGUCAUAAGGUGAUCGCCUUCGAGCGUUUCAUAUGGCGUUUUUGUCGUGGGAAAGUUUUUGUGCGAACCGUUGACAUUGUCGAAAACAUGGAUAUGCUUGAGAAUCAGAAAAGCAACGACAAAUCGGUGUUUAUCCUCUUUUUUUCUGGUGAACAACUUCGUACGAGGGUGAAGAAAAUCUGUAAUGGAUUUCAUGGAACCAUUUAUAAUUGUCCUGAGAAUCAGAAUGAACGUGCACAACUUCUCAUUCAAAUCAAGGGUCAGAUUAACGACAUGCAAAGUGUAAUUAGCAAGACCUUGGACUAUCGUCGUAAAAUCAUCUUCGCUGCAUCGUUAAGCUUAAAAAAAUGGGCGACCAUGCUGCUCAAAUUGAAGUCAAUCUUCCACAUUUUGAACAUGUUUUCUGUCGACGUCACACAGAAGUGUUUAAUUGCUGAAUGUUGGGUUCCUACCGUCGAUCUGCCGUUGGAUCUGUCUGGUUCGAGCGUAAACGCCGUACUUAACGAGAUGGAAACACAUCAAAUGCCCCCGACUCAUUUUAAGUUGAACAAAUUCACACAAGGAUUUCAGAAUAUUGUUGACGCUUACGGUAUUGCCAGCUAUAGAGAAGUGAAUCCAGCUCCGUGGUCGAUCAUCUCGUUUCCGUUUCUGUUCGCCGUCAUGUUCGGUGAUUCUGGUCAUGGCAUCAUCAUGUUCUUCGCUGCUCUCCUGUUGGUCGUUUUCGAGAGAAAACUGAUCUCGAUGAAAAUCAAAGACGAGGGUCCUUAUCCAUUUGGUGUGGAUCCAAUUUGGAACGUCGCCAAAAACAAAUUAAACUUCUUAAAUCCGCUAAAAAUGAAGACGUCAGUUAUUCUGGGAAUCAGUCAAAUGGCAUUCGGACUCAUACUGUCUCUCUGCAAUCAUAUGCAUAAUCGCUCUUUGGUUGACGUUCUCUUCGUCUUUAUACCGCAGUGCUUCUUCCUCAGUUGUAUUUUUGUCUACCUAUGCUUCAUGGUUGUACUUAAAUGGAUCUUCUUCUAUGUGAAUCCGGCUUUUAUAUUCGGAAGACUGUAUCCGGGAUCGAAUUGUGCUCCAUCAUUACUGAUCGGUCUCAUCAAUAUGUUCAUGCUGAAAGCCAGAGAUCCAGGAUUCGUUCAUCAUCUGAACAGUCCGAACGCGACGGCAUCGGUAGUGAUCAACAACAAAAACUACACGUAUGACGUUUACGAUCAGUGCUAUCUACAGCAGUGGUAUCCUGGUCAGGGAGUUGUUGAAGAGAUUCUGUUAGGCUUAGCUGUUAUUUCAAUCCCAAUAAUGCUGUUGGUGAAGCCGUUCUACAUGAGAUCACUUCACAAUCGAGGGCUUCCGCUACCCGGCGGCCACAGCCAUGGUGGCGACGGAGCUGCUGAAGAGUUCAGUUUCGCUGAUGUGAUGGUCUACCAGGCUAUUCAUACAAUCGAAUUUGCUCUUGGAUGUAUUUCUCACACUGCCUCAUAUCUUCGUCUUUGGGCUCUUUCUUUGGCACACGCACAGCUGUCCGAAGUGUUAUGGGAUAUGCUGUUGGCAAUCGGUUUGACAAUGGGCGGAUGGGCUGGAUCGGUAGCCAUUUUUAUUCUUUACUUCUUUUUUGGUGUGUUAUCCGUCUCAAUUCUGAUUCUAAUGGAAGGACUUUCCGCUUUUCUGCACGCACUUCGUCUGCAUUGGGUUGAAUUCAACUCAAAAUUCUACGGAGGAACUGGAGUGGCAUUUGAACCGUUUUAUUUCACAAGACUCAUACGAAUUGCUGAGGGAUUAGAGCAAUAG